AUGGAUGGGGAUCUCAGCCUAUCCCAAUCUGCUGCAGAUGUAACGGAAUCCGAGCUGUUGCGCGAACCUACCAUCGUCUCCGAACGACCGGCCAGUUCUCUAUCGACAACUCCUCCCCGUCCGUCUGCUCCUGCCUCCACGACAGAUCUGCAAGACACCCUCAUCUCCCCCUCAGUCGAGCCCGCAAUCAAGCCGCGAGACAACCGGAGCUCCCUCUACAAUCCCUACUCUGACCUCCCGCAGCAGACGAGUCCUCAAUACACUCCUUACGCGUCGUCCUCACAAUCACACCCUGCUCCGCAGUCCUCCCGGCCUAUGUCCGCCUUCUACGCGAACGGAUCCACAUCAACACUGGCAGCUGCUCGGGAGGGUUCCUAUCGUAUUCGUACCGAUUCCGCGGCCUCCUCCGCCUCCGAAAGUCAAGCACGUGCGGAAUCUCGCGGUGGUUCCGCGGCUUUUCAGGCCGGUGUUCCCGUACGCGACAAUAACCACAAUGAUCGCUCAUAUCGAACCGCCCAGUUGCCGCCAACCAACGGUCCCAUGAUCAUGCGUCAAACUUCCAGGGCUCACGCGCGGGGUGGAGCGACGCCACAGAUGGGAGGCUCUCCGUAUGCCAUGGAGAAUGGCCCCGGUGCGAGCAGCGAGGACUGGCAGGAUCGUGGUGCAGCGGUCGCCGUGAGGCAGGAGAUUGACGCCAACGGCAAGCCGGUUGCGCGUUACAUUAAGAAGGGCGUCCGGGACUUUUCUUUUGCUCACACACUGGGCGAGGGCUCUUACAGUACCGUCGUCCUGGGAACCGACCGGCAAACUCUGAAGGAAUAUGCCAUCAAGAUCCUGGAUAAGCGACACAUCAUCAAGGAGAAGAAGGUGAAAUAUGUGAACAUCGAGAAGGACACCCUCAACCGGCUUACCGAACACCCGGGCAUUGUCCGACUAUAUUACACGUUUCAGGAUGAGCGCUCGUUAUAUUUUGUGCUGGAUCUCUGCAAAGGAGGCGAGUUGCUGGGCGUGUUGAAGCGCAUGACCACCUUCGAUGAGGAGUGUACACGGUUCUAUGGUGCUCAGAUUCUAGACGCAAUAGACUACAUGCAUAGACGCGGUGUGAUUCACCGGGAUCUCAAGCCGGAAAACGUUCUCCUCGACAGUCAGAUGCACAUCAAAAUCACCGAUUUCGGAACAGCCAAGAUCCUCAAGAGUCAACGGAAACCUCAGAACUCCAGCGGGAUGCCCCCGCUAGACUCUACCGAAAUCCCGGAGGACGAACGAGCCAGCUCGUUCGUGGGCACAGCAGAAUAUGUAAGCCCGGAACUUCUGACGGAUAAGAAUGCCUGCAAGGCCAGCGAUCUCUGGGCCUUUGGCUGCAUCAUUUUCCAGCUUUUAGCGGGUCGGCCUCCCUUCAAAGCCGGGAACGAAUAUCAGACGUUUCAGAAGAUCGUUGCGCUCGAUUACGACUUCCCUGCCGGCUUCCCUGCCGUCGCCCGCGAUCUCGUUGAACGCCUUCUUGUUUUGGAUCCAGCCCGUCGUUUGCCCAUCGAGCAUAUCAAGAACCAUGAGUUCUUCCAGGGAAUUACAUGGGGCCCGGAUUUAUGGAAGCGCAAGGCGCCUCGUCUGAAGGCGUAUGUUCCACCGCCGCGGGAGCCGAUCAAGCUGAACGGCGGCGGUGGUGGUGAAGGCUAUGCCUCCAGCGCUAACCCGGCUGCCUCGAGCACUAAUGUCAGUUCGCGUGUGGUGCCCCGACUGGUAACCGAACUACCACCUCCCAGUCAACUGGACAUCGAGUGGUCCCCAGUCUUGACCAAAACCAACGAGCGGAUUUUGAAACUCGGUAACCUGGUAGUUCUAUCAUCCCCAGCAGCCCACAGUCCCGUCUCGAAACAUGGGGGCGAGUACGAAGCACCCCGGAAAUUCUCCCGCUUCUUUGGCGGCAGCACCACCAAGAAGCGGCAGCGCUUGGUGAUGGUUACUUCAUCUGGGCGCAUCAUCAUGGCUGCAUCUGGAGGGGACGAGAAGAAGGCGAAACUGGAGCUUUCCCUCCUGACCCCAGGCACGUCAUAUCGAACGUCGACGGAUUCCAAGGGAUUCUCGUGCUGGGUGGUGGAUACGCGCGACAAACACUUUGUCUUUGAGGAUCCGAAGCCCUCGUCCAGCAACAUGGGCGCCACCGCCGUAUCGGCCCAGGAGUGGCUCGAUAGCCUAGACCGCGCGCGGGAAAUGGCACUGUCUCAGCAGGGCAACGGCUCUUAUUCUGAUGACGCCUUCCGCGAUCUCUCCUCCGGACUGUCGAGCCAUGCCAAUACUCUUGACCGCAGCUCUGAGAUUCAGAACGAGAGUGCUCCCGCGGGACGAGCCACAUUGGUCAAGCACCAGAACACAGACACAGAGUCCGUCAAAGGCAAGAAGCGAUUCAGUCGCCGUCACUCCAAGAAUGGUCUGGCAGCAGUCUUCUAAGCCUUUCGUGCUCGCCGCUUAUACCUCUACUGCCCAACUCACCUCAAUUCCUUGUCCUCUUCCUACCCCCCC